UGACGGCGCCGUGCGCCGGGGCCGAACGCCGCCGAGUGCUUCGCUUCCCGCUCGCUGCCGUCAUGCUGCGGCUGCUGCUCCCGCUGGCCGGCCUGGCGGAGCUCCUCCGUGCGGCGGCUGCAUUGACCCAAGGCAUCCCUUCAUAACCACAUAAUUGCCUGCUGGAGACUCCUACAGAACGGACAGGAAACAAAGAUGAUCUCCUUCAAGCAACUGCCCCUUGAGGCAAAGGCUGCAGUGGCUGCAGGAGUGGUUUUCUUCUCCAUGAUGUUAUCACGGAGUUUUCUGGCAGAACAACUGGAGCUCAGGACGCGGCAUUGGCUUCUGAGGCUGCAGAUGGCACUGUUUGCUAACACGCUGAUGCUGAUAGGAUCUCUCCAUGUUUGGAAAAGCACAGUCACCAUGUUUUCCAGGUCUUCAGCUGCCAGCUCCUUCUUUUUCAUGCCAUGGAAGAUAGCCGUCUUCAUGUUUCUAGCUUUGGCUCACUCAAGUUUCUUUACGUUGCUAUUUCUUGUUGCAGAAGAGCCCUAUUUCUUUUCUUUAGCUGCCUACACUUGCCUGGGGGCCUAUAUUAUUCUUAUCUUCUUCCUCUUUGCUCUAGGCUCGGUAGAACAAGCUUACAAGUUCUUUGUUGGGAGAGGUAUUAAGGCAAACAGCAGUGGUAAGAGCAGCAGAACAGCAGCAAAGCCGGUUUUGGCAGUCAUGCUGACUGCUGUACUGACUGUCAUUGGGCUGCUAAAUGCUUCCCAGCCUCCUACAGUGAAUAGAGUGGAGAUUCCAGUUCACAAGCUGCCCUCAACAAUGAACAACUUAAAAGUGGUCUUGCUUUCGGAUAUCCAUCUGGGACCUACGGUUGGGAAGACCAAGCUUGCCAUGAUCGUGCGCAUGGUUAAGGCUUUGAAACCAGAUAUCACAGUGAUCGUUGGGGACCUGACUGACUCCGAGGCAGAGAUCAUACGGCCUGCUGUUGAGCCUCUUGGAGAGCUUCAUUCUCCUCUGGGAACGUACUUUGUCACGGGAAACCAUGAAUACUACACAUCAGAUGUUAGCAACUGGUUUGAGCUGUUAAAAUCUUUUAACAUUCGGCCACUCCAUAAUGAGAACGUGAAGAUUGUUUCACCGGAGAGCACUGAUGACUGGUUCUGCCUGGCUGGUGUUGAUGAUAUUGAGGCAGAUGUAUUACGUUACUCAGGGCAUGGCAUGGAUUUAAAAAAAGCUCUCAGAGGUUGUAGCAGUGAGCAUGCAAUAGUUCUGCUAGCUCAUCAGCCGAUGGCUGCAAAGUGGGCCCUUCAGGAGAGACCAGAAAUAAAUUUAAUUCUCUCUGGUCAUACUCAUGGAGGGCAGAUGUUCCCACUAAAUGCUGGAGCUUAUUUUCUGAAUCCUUUCUUUGUUGGCUUGUACAAAGUUGGGCAGAACACCUUUGUCUACGUCAGCCCGGGGACGAUGUACUUUGGAAUACCCAUGAGAUUGGGCAGCAGAGCUGAAAUAACAGAGAUAAUUCUACGUUCUCCUUGAGGAGUUUCCCAUUUUAUGGAUUUUUGCCAUCCUUUUUAGUCAGUACAUUGGCUUUUUUGCUCUGAAAGAAAAUGCUUUUUCAGGAAAGCAAUAAGAACGUAGUGAGAUGGACUUAAGCAGAUUCUGUUAAAUCUGAGGAGAAAACACUGUAUCCUCAGCUAUGAAACAAAUCAGAGGGUGUGUAAAAAUACUCAAGAAAUUCCUUCUUUGAGUUCACUAUUAUUGACACUCUGCAUUUAAAGAUAACACGGUCACAGAGAUGAUGCAUGUUCUGUGCAUGUUUAUUGUGUGUCCUACAGCUGCUUCUUGAUUCUCUGUUGAUUACGCGUUAGGCAGUCGCCUCACCCAAUCUCAGACUGGUGAAAUUCUGAUCUCUUGCAGUGAAAUGACACGCGUAUUUUGCAGAAGGGCCACAGAGUGUCCUCUGAAUAUCUAAAUUCCAGAAGUCUUAUGCUAAAAAAAGUUAUGGGAAAGGAACAAUUUCAUUAUUAUUUGAUUGUCUUUGUCCCACUUUGUCUGUAGCAUGCUGUGGGUCUACAAGGCUGCACUGCUCACCAGUGCAGGGAGGUGCCAACAUUAUUUUCUGAAAUUCAGGCUUUCUUCCACUUGAGAAGUUGAGGGAAACUGAUAUUUAAGAUGAAAGUAGUUGUCUUUCUGCAGGCAUUUUCCCUAGAAUAGUUGGGCAUUUAGUAAUUACUUUCUGAAAGCAGUGGUAAUAAAAGCAAAUGAAAAAUAAUAUCUUAAUUGGCAUCAUUUCUGUUGCUAUUUGAGCAUUCACUGCUUUCUGUUGUAAAGCAUAAAGUCAAAAGCUGAGGUAUUCUGUCUCUUUUUUCCUUUUUGUUCAGUGUUUUUGGUUUGUUGGGUUUUUUUAUACUUAAUUUCUUUUGUGAGAGUAUGGGAAUGUUAUUUGAAAAAUAUGCAGAUAAGAUUCAAUGAGUUAAAGCUUGAACGUUGUAAGGUUUUAAUAUUUCAAGUGGUGUCUUCUUUAAGAAGGCUAAAGGCUUCUGCAGCUCAUUUCUUUGAUAUUAUUAGCAAAUCAGUGGCCUGGUUGUCUGACAGGCACAUAGCAGAAUAACCAACUGCUACAGGAUAACGAGGAAUUUUCUCUUCAUCUUUCCUAGAUGAGCUUAACACAAACUAAAAUCACUCUGGGGGAUGUAUGAGAGAUCAGAAAAUCUUAAUACAAACAGUCUUGUUUUCAUAGCUCGUACAAGAAAGGUAGGAUGCAAAUGAAUGUGAGUACAUUGUGGCUGAUGAACCAGUUUUCUUCCGCACAACCUCCUUUCCUCCCCUUCCUCUUUGGUGCAGCUCUGUGAAACACCACAGCAGCAGAGACUGGCAUCUCUGGCUGUAGUCACAGGGAGUCACUCACUCUGCUCUCUGAUAUUUGGCUUUCUCUUGGGCAGACCCAUGUGCCAUGGCUCAAAAGUGUUCAUUGCUGAGGAUGGCAGGACCAGAACUGUGGUUUUCAGUGUUUUCCUGUGUUCCUGUGUGGUCCUGAGCCAGACACACUUCUGCUUUACCCUUCAGCAGUUGUUUUCAUUUCGUGGGAGGUGUGUCUGAGGUAUAUUUGAUGAGUGUCAUAGGCUUUGUAAAUAUGAGAAGUUCUGUAUGUGAAAUUUUGAAGUCUCACUUCAUUCAUCACCUCGAGCCCUCCAACACUGAGCUAACUACUGACCUACUUUUGUGUCCCCUUCUUCCCUGUGAAAGUCUUGCAUUUUUACUCACAAGAAUGUUGAGAAACACUGUUAAGGGCACGCUAGCAAAUGUAUUGUGCACUGGAAGCUUGAUGGAGAAGCUGGGGAAAUCAGUCUUCUUUUAGUUUGAAAGCAGAACUCGCCCAACCUGCUAGGAUCUUCUACUUGUUGGACCAGAUCAUUCUGUUUCCCAGCACCUAUAACUUUGCAGUUUUUUUUCUUAAUGCAACAAUAUCUGUUUAAGUUUUCAGAAGCUUUCACAUGUAUUUAAUACUUCCCCCUGCCCAUGCUCUGUCUUUCAGGAUUCUUUCCCAUCAGUGGCAUCAUGUAAAAUGGUCUUAUGUAGAGAGAAUCUUGAUAGCCUGUAACCCUCUGCCUGUUUAUCUAAAUGCCUUCAUUUAAAAGCUCUGCUCUGGAUUCUGCAAUGUAGGAUGUUCCCUCUAGACCAGCAGUCCUGGUGUACAGAUUUUCAUUUAAGUUUUACUGGGCUAAGAAGACUAAUUGCUGGUUGCUUUAACAGGAGGCUUUUGUAGGUCUGUCUUUAGGUGCUCUCCCAAUGAGUUGCUGCUAGUCUGAUUUUUAUUUUGUUUUCCCUGCUUUAUAUUUCUCUCUUCGUUCUGCCCGAAUGCAUGCAGAAACCUGUCUGCACCAAUCCUGCUGUCACCAAGGUGCACAGGUAACUUGUGUGUGUGUGUACUCCUCCAUGUAUCCUCUCAGGAGCAGAUAUGGUCAUAUUAUCAUUUCAGAAAUGCAUUGAGUUCUGCCAGUAUAAUUUAGUUCUUGUUUGGUUUGCUUUAAUUGCUUCUGAAAGUUUGGUUACUUGAUGAUCAGUACCAUUUAAAAUGUGCCAAAAAACACUUCAAAGCCCACUUCCAUUAUUUUAGUCUUUUUAUUUUAAUUACAUAUGGGAUGUAUCCUAGAUCAGUCUUGGUUUCGGUAGCAUGAGGAAUUAACCCUUUCUAAUAUUCCUCAAAGACAGAAAUCCCUAAUUGCCCUUCAAGGGUUUCUGUAUGCAUGUUCCAAUUUGACUUCGGUGUGUGUGAUUUAGACCUGUGUUCAGUAUUUCAAAUGGAAAAAAACAAACCAAACUCAAACUUUUGCUGCUUAUUUUGUAUUUUUUAAAUUCUGUUGUAAUUUUUGUGUGUGUGGAAUGUAUUUGAUUUGUAGAACUUAACUAAGUGAAUAUAUAUUUCAUCCUACAGUAGGCCAGUUCAUUUGGGGCAUUGGAUGGGGGCAGAGUUAAUCACUGCCGGAAUAAAACCAGAAUAAUAUUAAUUACAGUAUAUGAUCCGUGGAAAGUGGAUUUGGAAAUAUGUAAAUUGUUGCAUAGCAAAUGCUUUAAAUGUUGGAAUUUAAUAAAACUUUAUUUACUUAGCAAGAAAAA